AUGCCUCAACGAGCAACAGGACUCGAUCACGUCUCCUUCCACGUCCCACCAUCCAGGUACGAGGAAGUGGUGAAAUGGUACACCGCAGCGCUCGCCCCAAUCGGCUACUCCAAGCAAUUGGAUUUUGGCGUUGCUUGCGGUUUUGGAAUCGACAAGGCGUCCGCUGAUUUUUGGAUCGGCUCCAAAGAGGGACCAGAGAUCAGUGGUUUACACAUCGCGUUCAAGGCGACGGACCAUGAGACGGUAGACAAGUUCCAUGCCGAAGCCAUUAAGGCCGGUGGUACUUGUAAUGGAAAGCCUGGCAUUCGUGAGAUGUAUCAUCCGAAUUACUAUGGGGCGUUCGUGUUUGAUCCCAUGGGGAACAAUAUUGAAGUUGUUGACCAUCAGGCCCAUUAG